CUGCGGGCAUUGCCAGGCGCCCUGUCUCGCCGAUCGGGAAUAUCUUAUCGGCCGCUUGCAGCUGCAGGGGCCUUCGACAUCCCCAGACCACACGACAGUUGGCGCAACGCUCUAUCAAGCUGGACAGCGACGUGCCCCUCAUUUUCCUCACGUUCCCCUCACUUGAGCAGUUCUCUGAACCAUCCAACUUCUGUUAAGAAUAACGACUCACAUUUCCAGAGCACAAGGAACCCGCAGAACUCGAAGUCGUCAGCAUGGGCUGGUUUUGGCGGUCCUCCCCGUCGGUCAAAACCGAGGGUUCAAGCAGUGUUCCGCCUGCAACCUCGACCACUCCGAGCUCGUCCGUAGCAGAAACACCACCGCAGGCCAAGGCAGCACCAUCUGGGCCAGAGUCCAGCCCAGGUGACCGCGAAAUAGCCAUGUUCAUGGACAUGCUCAUGAAGGACGCCCAGUCCUCCUCCUCCGCCCAACACAAAACACCACCGCCGCCGCCACCGCCGUCGUCAUUGCCGUCGUCGUUGCCGUCGCAAGCCUCUUCAGAUUCCAAAUCGACACGCUCCUCCUGGCUCCCAUGGGCAUCCACCAAGCCCGCGGCCGAACCUGCCGCGGAACAAGCCCAGCCCCCGCGGAGGAAGACACGCUCUCCCCAGUCGCUCGCCAUGUCCGAGCACGUCCUCCCCACCACCAUGUCCUGCCGCGACGCCUUCGACUACGCCUGGCACUGCCACACGCCCGGGUCGCAGUGGAACGCCGUCUACCGGUACGGCUCGGUGCGCACCUGCUCCGAGCUGUGGGACGACUUCUGGUUCUGCAUGCGCACCAAGUCCUACCCGCCCGAGCUGCGGGCCGAGGCCAUCCGCGAGCACUACCGCGCCAAGGAGGAGGCCAAGUACGGCGGCGGCAAGCCCAGCAGCGAGGACGUCUGGGAGAGCCGCGAGGAGAGGGUGCCGCCGGGCACCGCGUUCAAGAAGAGCUUUGACCCGCCCAUUGUGGACGAUGCCGAGUUCCAGAGGGUUGAUGCCGAGAGGAGGAGGCGAAUUCGGGAGGCGAUCGGGAUAGAAGGGAGGGACGGCGGUGGUAGUGAGAAGAAAGGGGAGUGAUGGAUCUUAAAAAAAUGGUGGUCGAGUCUCUACCUAUCUAGCGUGUUAAGUCACACGGUUGAUAAAGCAUUCUUCGGCAACUAGAUGCCCAAUCGCAAAAUUUUGAUUCCCCCCCCCCCCUUCAGAGGUAAACCUUCUUCACACCCGUGUCAUUCUCCUUCAAUCUCAUCGAGCACACGACUUAUAUACAUA